UGUUUAUAAGAAGAAUUUAGACAUGUCUGGAAGAGGUAAAGGCGGUAAAGGACUCGGGAAAGGAGGCGCUAAGCGGCACCGUAAAGUCCUGCGGGAUAACAUCCAGGGCAUCACCAAACCCGCCAUCCGUCGUCUCGCUCGCCGCGGCGGAGUCAAGCGUAUCUCCGGUCUGAUCUACGAGGAGACUCGCGGUGUGCUGAAGGUGUUCCUGGAGAACGUGAUCCGCGAUGCCGUUACCUACACCGAGCAUGCCAAGAGAAAGACCGUCACCGCCAUGGACGUCGUGUACGCGCUGAAACGACAGGGACGCACUCUGUACGGCUUCGGAGGAUAAACACGUCCGUGUUACCAUAGAAACCCAACGGCUCUUUUAAGAGCCACCCACAC